CGAUUACGUAAUCCGUAUGACUUGACAGUUUGUUACUAGUGAGACGGAACUGGUCCUUCAAGUCUGGUUGCCUGUCUUUAAAUAUCAGCUCCGUUCGCACAGGCGAACAGCAAUUAUAAUGCUGGUAUUCUUAUCGUAAGUCAUAGUCAUAGUCAUCGGGAUAAAAGGUGACCAUUUCGUCCAGCUCACCCGUCCUUUCCGUUAGCUUAUCGUCUUACCAUGUGGGUGUUCGGUUACGGCUCCCUGAUAUGGAAAGUGGAUUUUCCUUAUGAGGAAAAAAGAAUUGGCUACAUAAAAGGCUUCAGCCGCCGGUUUUGGCAGGGCAGUACCGACCACCGAGGAGUACCGGGGAAUCCUGGCCGGGUCGUGACGCUCAUAGAAGAUCCUGAAGGGUGUGUUUGGGGGGUUGCAUACAAGCUGCCAACUGGCCGGGAGGAAGAAGUGAAGCGCUACCUUGACUACCGAGAAAAGGGUGGUUAUCAGGUCAUCACGGUGACCUUUCACCCCCAUCCACCACUCACUUCCUCGCCAAGCCAGACGCUGAUCUACAUCGGCUCUCAGGACAAUCCCAACUACCUCGGCCCUGCACCCCUAGAGGAGAUCGCCAACCAGAUCAUCAACUCUACCGGUCCAAGUGGGAAAAAUACGGAGUACCUGUUUCAGCUGGCUGAUGCUGUGAGGACCAUUUUGCCCGAGGACUCAGAUAUGCAUCUGUUUUCUCUUGAAACUUUAGUGAGAGAGAGGCUAGAAAAUUGACAGAAAAACUCAAGUUAGGUAGCUCACAAUUAAAUAAAUGGUAACACUUGAAUUUUUAUUUAAAUGCCAGGCUGGAUUUGUAAAAUAAUCUCAGGGUUUAAGGUAUAUGUGUCCAGUCAAGAUGUUUGUGACAUAUAGAAUAAAUGGUGACCUCAUUAGUGUGCUAAGUAAUGUUAUUUUGUUCAGAAUUACCGUGCAAAUCAAUAUCUACUGAAAGCUGCUUUAAAAUUACAAACACAUACACUGGUAUAGAAAAUGACAAAAAAAAGUAUAAAUCUCAAAAUAUGCUUUGAAAAAGUACAAAAUGGCAUACACUGUCAGCAUUGGGGUUUUUUUUGUAUUUGGCAUUAACUAGCCAAGAUUAGACAAAUGUUAAAUUUAUCGAAUAUUAAUUAUUAAACAUUUAACACUCAAACUCACCAGAGCUCGCCAAAAUUUAAGAACUUGUUUAUAAAGUGAUCUGAUGGAUUUUAAUUCAGUCUUAUUUGCCUGUGCCCAGCUCGCCAUAUGAUAUCGAUACUAAGAAAAAAUCAUUCUGUGUCAGAUCUGGACUUUUUCUUAUUUCUUAGGGACAUGACCUUCAGAUACUGUUCAUCUGCAGUAGAUAGUUGUUUUUAGGCGUGCCACUUUUGCCCUCCAGUUUCCUCAACUUUUCAAGGACACACUGCACACCAUGCCGAGAUAGGGCAAGUUUUCAGCUAAUAGCUCGAUGGGAAUCGCCUUGGUGUUUGUGAGGGGUGGCUCAAGUCUUUUGCACUGUACAGUAUGACAAAG